AUGCCUCCUCAGUUCCCAGAGAUCCAGGGCGGAGGCUCCUUGAUUCUCGCAUGGCAAAUCAAGGGCAAGGAGGUGCUCGUGGUCGGUGGUGGCGAAGUGGCCGCCGGCCGAAUCGUCAACCUACUCAAUGCCGAUGCCACAGUCACGGUUGUGUGUCCGCGCAGCGGCCUGAAUGAGGAGGUAGCAUAUCGCGUAGGGCAGAAGCAGGUCAAGCACGUGGACCGCAUAUUUCUGCCUCUCGAUCUCGAGCCCGAGAAGAAUGUCGCGAUGGUACUUACUGCUGUUGACGACCCCGAAGCCUCGACUCGGAUAUGGCAAUACUGCAAGAAGUUGAAGAUUCCUGCGAACAUCGCCGAUGUGCCUCCGGAAUGCGACUUCUACUUCGGCAGCGUCCACCGCGAUGGCCCUCUACAAAUCAUGGUCUCAACGAAUGGAAAUGGACCCAGGAUGGCGGCCGCCAUUCGGCGACAGAUUGGCGACAUGCUUCCGGAGGGCACUGGAGACAGCAUUAAGAAAGUCGGGCAGCUCAGGAGGAAACUUCGGAAAGUCGCGCCAGGCAAGCGCACACGCGACAUCAGCAAGAGAAUGGGUUGGAUGAGUGACGUUUGUGACAAAUGGACGACUGAAAACUUCAAUGCAAUGGAUGAGGAGGAUAUGGACAAGUUGGUGCAAUACUAUGAGGAGGGUACAGUCCCUAGUUUUGAAGAGAUACGCCUUGGGUACCGAGGGGAUGUUGUAUGGGAGUUCGAUGGUUCUUUUGGGUGGAUGUAA